GUCGGGGCGGAACUAAAAUAAGAGAACUUGAGGAUUCUUCGGGUUCCAGGAUAAAGGUUAUAAAGGGAACCUAUGAAGCUGAAGUAAAGAUUUUUGGCAGUGUUGCUGUGCAAAACAAAGCCAAGAUGUUGAUUGACGAUGCUGUUACAAGAUCUGGACAAAACUAUGUUAGAGGAAAAACCUUGGACGUUAUCAAGCCUGAAAAUAACCCAAAGAAAUUGGUGAUUAACUGGGCCUCUCUUCGAGAAAACAAAGCUAAAUACGAAGCUAUGAAGUGGGCAGAUUUGCCUCCAAUUGAGAAAAACUUCUAUAAAGAAUCAUCAAGGACUGCAUCUAUGUCACAAGAAGAAGUGGAAUUGUGGCGGAAAGAAAAUAAUAAUAUAAUCUGUGAUGACUUAAAAGAAGGUGAAAAGCGCUGCAUUCCCAAUCCCGUUUGUAAAUUUGAAGAUGUAUUUGAACAUUAUCCUGAUAUUAUGGCUAAUAUAAGAAAAAUUGGUUUUCAAAAACCUACACCAAUUCAGUCCCAGGCAUGGCCGAUCAUACUCCAAGGGAUUGAUCUUAUUGGUAUAGCACAGACUGGUACGGGGAAGACAUUAGCAUACUUAAUGCCUGGAUUCAUUCACUUGACUUCACAACCAAUAUCCAAAGAUCAGCGUGGGGGGCCAGGAAUGUUAGUCCUUGCUCCCACUCGAGAACUAGCACUUCAAGUACAGGCAGAGUGUUCGAAGUAUGCAUACAAAGGAAUUAAAAGUAUUUGCAUAUAUGGUGGUGGGGACCGAAAAGGACAGAUAGACGUGGUUACCAAAGGUGUGGAUAUUGUUAUUGCUACUCCUGGCAGACUGAAUGAUCUUCAAAUGAACAACUUCAUAAAUUUGAAGAGCAUAACAUACUUGGUUUUAGAUGAGGCUGACAGAAUGUUGGAUAUGGGAUUUGAACCUCAGAUAAUGAAGAUCCUGAUAGAUGUGCGGCCUGACAGACAAACUGUUAUGACAAGUGCUACUUGGCCCGAUGGUGUUCGUCGCCUAGCGAAAUCCUAUUUGAAAAAUCCUAUGAUUGUAUAUGUUGGCACUCUUGACUUAGCAGCAGUAAAUACAGUAGAACAGAGAGUUAUUGUUAUCGCGGAGGAGGAAAAGAGAGCUUUCAUGCAACACUUCAUUGACUCUAUGAAGCCAAAAGAUAAGGUCAUCAUUUUUGUGGGAAAAAAACUUACAGCUGAUGACUUGGCAAGUGACUUUGGUCUCCAAGGAAUUCCAGUACAGUCACUUCAUGGUAACAGGGAACAGUGUGAUCGAGAACAGGCUUUAGAUGACUUCAAGAAAGGCAAAGUCAGAAUACUGGUAGCUACUGACUUAGCGUCUCGUGGCCUUGAUGUGCAUGAUAUUACUCAUGUUUUUAAUUUUGACUUCCCCCGCAACAUUGAAGAAUAUGUUCAUAGAGUAGGUCGUACUGGAAGAGCAGGACGUACUGGGGAGGCAGUAACGCUUGUCACUAAGAAUGAUUGGAGGGUUGCAUCUGAGCUGAUUGAAAUUCUGGAAAGAGCGAACCAAGUAGUUCCUAAUGAGCUUAUUGCAAUGGCAGAAAGAUACAAACAAUUUCAAAUCAGAAAAGAAAUCGAAAAGGAUAUACGAAGACCUCAGAGAAAGCCCUUAAAAUAA